CGGAAUCUUGUAGGAUUUAUACAAGGAAAGCGAUGGAAAAUACAUGUUGUCAAGAGUGGACCUAUCGCUUCCCCCCAGCGAUUGACUAGCACAUACAGUAUAUCAUAGAAUACAUAGUUUAUCGAGGUCACCACAUUUUAUAACUCUCGGGUUCAGUGCUACGAAACCCUAGUAGUGCAGUAUCUCACGACUAAAAGCGACGGUCAUGUCGAUCCCAUCGAUGCCUGAGAGUAUACCCGGUCUGGAGAAGGACUUCAAUCUCUUGCGUGAAACUGUAUCUGGAGGAACAUCCACUAGAUGGAUGGACCACAAAAAGGUCAAGUUUUACACCAAUGCCUUUAUUUUUCAUGGAAAUAAGAAGCGUGGAUUUGGUCUACAUAAAUAUAACGGAUUCGGAGGAAAAGUAGAGCUAGGGGAAACAUCUCUCGAAGCUGCUGCUCGUGAACUAGAGGAAGAAGCAGGGAUCAAGUCUGCCCUCAAACAUAUUGGUAUCCUGUUUUUCCUCAGCGACGGGGAGGACUGCGCCUUUCAUAUAGAUAUAUACCGAGGCGAUGGAUUCGCAGGCGUCAUAACCGAGUCAGAGGAAAUGCGACCAGAAUGGUUCUCCACCAGUGCCGACAAUUCUCCGGAUACAGGGGAAGCUCCAUCUAUACCUUAUGAACAGCUCUGGGAAACAGAUCCCUACUGGUUCCCUUAUCUUCUUUCGAAUACCCCGUUCCGAGGCAGGGCAGAUUUUCGGAUGGAUUCGGAUGAGGGCAAACUUUUGCCGUGCAAGUGGUGGUUCGGUGUACUGGGAGGAUCUGCUGAAGUGGCAGAUUAAGCACCUUUAUCUUGAUGUCACUAGAAUAGAAUAAGGUCUUCUUGCUACAUGAUUUCAGAUUAGCAUAUUUUUAAAGCCUCAACACCUAAU